GUGUUUAUAUAUUGUCCAGACCCAGAGAGAGAGUGGGCAGGACACAUAUGCAGUAAAGCCUGGGUUCCCUUGCUCCUGCUACAGGUUUGGACAAGCCGGUUCGGCAACUCAGUCAGGACACAGACACACACAGACGGUACCUUUCAGGGCCAACAAAUGCUCCUGUUUGGGCUGAUUGACGUCCAUGGUUCCAGAACCACCGUCACCACCCCUGCACACACCCGGAACUGCUUCUACAGGAAGACGAAAGGGCCAAUUCUCCCUAAAACAAGAUGCGCAUGCGCAACGAAGCCGAAAGGGCUAAUUCUCCCUUCCAGGGUGCGCAUGCGCAAGGAAGACGACAGGGCCUAUUCUCCCUACCAAGGAAGACGAAAGGGCCCAUUCUCCCUACCAAGGUUCUGGAGUGUGGUGUUUGUGAAGAUAUCUUUUCACUGCAAGGAGAUAAAGUUCCACGUUUGCUGCUGUGCGGCCAUACUGUGUGCCAUGACUGUCUCACGCGUCUCCCUCUUCAUGGCAGAGCCAUACGUUGUCCAUUUGAUAGACAAGCUACUGAACUAGGAGACUCUGGUGUUUGGGGAUUAAAGAAAAAUUUUGCUUUACUUGAACUGCUGGAACGGUUACAGAAUGGUGCCAGUAGUCAGUGUAGCACUGUAGAGGAGGCAAUAGGAGGAUCUGGAGAGAGCAUUGUGCGAUGUGAUGAAGACGAAGCCCACAUGGCAUCUGUGUACUGCACAGUCUGUGCGACCCACCUCUGUGCUGACUGCUCAUUGCAUACACAUUCCACUAAAACACUGGCCAAGCACCGACGUGUACCUUUAGCUGACAAGCCUUAUGAAAAGACUCUGUGCUCACAGCACCAAGUCCAUGCUAUCGAGUUUGUAUGUUUGGAAGAUGGCUGCCAGACCAGUCCCCUCAUGUGCUGUGUCUGCAAAGAAUAUGGAAAACAUCAAGGACACAAACAUGCUGUUCUGGAAACGGAAGCAAGCCAGAUCCGUGCUUCUAUUUUGGACAUGGCACACUGUAUAAGGACAUUCACAGAGGAGAUCUCUGAGUACUCCAGGAAACUGACUGGCAUUGUUCAGCUGAUUGAAGGAGGCGAGCAGAUUGUAGAAGAUGGCAUUGGAAUGGCUCACACAGAACAUGUUUCAGGAACUGCGGAGAAUGCCCGCUCCUGUGUUAGGGCCUAUUUUUCCGACCUACAUGAAACACUUUGCCGUCAGGAAGAAAUGGCCCUCAGUGUCGUCGAUGCACACGUGAGAGAACAGCUAAUGUGGCUUCGGCAGCAACAAGAAAACAUGACUAUUCUCUUGUCUGAAGUGUCAACUGCUUGUCUGCACUGUGAGAAGGCUUUGCAGCAGGAUGACUGCAGAGUGGUUCUAGCCAAGCAGGAGAUCACUCGACUUCUAGAGACUCUACAGAAACAACAGCAGCAGUUUACAUCGCUUGCAGAUCACAUCCAGAUGGACUCCAGUAUCCCCGUCACAUUCACAAAGGAUAAUAGAGUUCAUAUCGGCCCAAAAAUGGAAAUCCGGGUUGUGACAUUGGGAUUAGAUGGAGCAGGAAAAACUACCAUUUUGUUUAAGCUAAAACAAGACGAGUUCAUGCAGCCCAUCCCAACAAUUGGUUUCAACGUCGAGACUGUUGAAUACAAAAACCUGAAGUUUACAAUUUGGGAUGUUGGCGGCAAACACAAACUUAGGCCGUUGUGGAAACAUUAUUACCUUAAUACCCAAGCGGUGGUGUUUGUGAUUGACAGCAGUCACCGGGAGAGAGUCACAGAAGCACACAGUGAACUUGCCAAGCUGCUCACUGAGAAGGAACUGCGUGAUGCUCUGCUGCUAAUAUUUGCCAAUAAACAGGAUGUCACCGGUUCCCUGUCAGUGGAAGAAAUGACUGAGCUCCUGAGUCUUCACAAACUGUGCUGUGGCCGCAGCUGGUACAUACAGGGCUGUGACGCCAGGAGUGGGAUGGGGCUUUAUGACGGACUCGACUGGCUCUCAAGGCAACUGGUGGCAGCUGGUGUGCUUGAUGUUGCCUAACCUGAGCCAAGUAAUAUGUGUGUGUGUGCAGCGGUUAUUGACUGCUAACAGAAAGGUGGCCUGUUUGACAAUAGCCUAAAGCAUGUCUAACCAGUGGCCCUGUGGUUGUUGGUCUGCUGGAAGAACCACAGGUUUUAUUAGGCAAAUUUUUAUUUUGGGAAUGACUUGCCCUUUGAAGAAAUAACUGUAUUGACUGCUAGAAAACAUAUCUCUUUACGUCACUUUAUUAUAUCUAGUGCAACAACUCUCCGGACCUAGUAGUUUUUUUUUUUUUGAUGCCUGACUAACUAAUUAGCUAGGUGAAUAAUUGUUACUCUUAUUUAAUAUGUAUAACAGUCUAAUGUUUACACUACACUUAUAGUAUUAAUUUAAACGACACAUUUAAGCCUUUCCCAAACUUGCCAUGGAAUCGUUCCAUUGUAGGUUACAUGUAACCCACUAACUGCUGCAGCACAGCUCAGCAAUCAAUGGGUUAAAGGCUGCCCCAUGACCAGUCCAAAUAAGGGUGUGUGUGUGUGUGUGUGGUUGGGUGGGUAGGUGUGUGAAAUUUCCAUCCAUGCCUUCAGCUGUAUUAUGUCUUAAAGAGGCAGUUACAGUGUAAGUGGUGUAGCAGUAAUUUAAUUUAAGCUUGUGGCUUAAUCAAUGGAGGUGCAUUAAAAUCAAAAGUGGA